UUUAAUAAGCAAGAAAUUAACGCUAUUUUAAAAUCUAGCUUUAAUUCUAGCUAGAAUUCCCUGCAAAAUCAUCGAUAGUCUUUAUAGAAUAUCGAUAUCUCCAAUCGUCGACUUAUUGAUGUUUACUCACCUCUAGCGUAAAUCCCUAAAAAAUACAAUAAUUUAGUUCCCAUCACAAUUAUUUAGCUUUUUAUAUCUUUUUUGAGCUGCAUACGAUGGACAAGGACAGGGAGAUGCAUGACGCUCUCCGGCGGAGGCUUUUGGACGCUGAAUCUGCAGCCAAACAGGAUGAGGCGACACGCCAGCGGCAUCUGCAGAUACUUCAGGAGCUGUGGCAGCCAAGGGGCACACCUGUGGGCGUGCCGGGCGAACGGCUGCGACAGCUGUUCGAGGAGGUGCGAGCGAGAGGAGACCACGGCUUGUUGCGGAACUGGCAGCUGUGGCUAAGCGAGCUCAUCCUGGCCAGACGAGUGAUUCUGGUGAGGUCACACCUGCUGGUAGAGUGGCUAAUGGGCGGCGGCCAGCGGGAGAAGCUGACGGAGGAACUGAAUUUGCUGCUGUCGCUGCUGAAAACGGUGCCUAAGGAACGCCUGCCCGGAUACUGGCCAGCAUUGGCCAUGUUGUCCCACUCCACGGAUGUGAAAGCAGCUCUGCUGCUCAUCAAGUGCCAGGAAGCAGUGCUCUCCGACCUGGAGCAGCCCGAAGAAGCGGAGGGCAGUCCCAGCCGCUACGCUGCCGAUUCCCUCGUUCAGUGCCACUUCGAGGGCCGUUGGCUGGAUGCCAAGGAGCAGGAGCAGCUGCCCCUGAUAAUUGCCCAUAGCUUGCAGCUGCUCCAGAAACUGGUGACCAGGCAACCGGACUAUGCGGCCCAGCAUGUGCCCGAACUGAUGGGCAUAGCCCACUGCUACGUGCAAUAUGGGGCGGAAGGGGAGGCGUCUGCCAAGUCGCAGCUGCCACGGAAGGUGCAGCCUGCCCAGCAAUCCGCCGCCUAUGGUCACGAGGAGGAAUCCCUGGAAUCGGAGCAGCAGAACGCCGGGGGCAGCAAGGGACGCUCGGGCGGUCGCAGGAACAAGGUGCGGAAGAUGAGAUCGUUGGCCAAGCAGCGGAACCAAAGCAGCAACAACCACGUCAGCGAUUCCCUGCUGGCGGAGAGUGCUCCCCGGGACCGCCUACUGCUGAUGGGGAACCUGGACUAUGGCUGCCUCACGGGUGACUCUGGCGAGAACUGUCCUCCCUCCGAUUCGGAUCAGUUGCCGGGACCCAAGCAGCUCCGACAGCUCCAGGCCAAGGUGCGGAUCUCUGCGCUGCAACUGCUGGGUGCUCUGACCAAGCAACUCCCUCGCCGCACGCUCUACGGCUACUGGCACGUCCUGUUUCCCAGCGCCGACUCUGGCGGCGGGGGUCACCUGCUCCUCGUGGGCCAAACGGACGGCAACUCCCGCUGCCGCGCUCUGGCCUUGCAACUGGCCGCCCAGCUGCUGUACGGAUCCAAGGGCUACCUCAGUCAGGCCUGCUCCCGGGGGCCCAGCAACUACACGCCUUUCGCCGUGAGCCUGGCCAGCAGCGUCCUCUCGGCCUAUCGCUCGCUGUGCUCCAUCCUGGAGAAGGAAUAUGCGCCUCCAGUGCUCACACAGUGCCUCAAGUGCCUGGCCGUUCUGGUGCAGGCCACACCCUUCGAGCAGCUGGAGAUGGGCUUCGUCUACGAGUUCGUCGGCCACGUGAAGAAGCUGAUCAAAAACGCGGAAUCUCCGGUGGCCGUCUCGGCAUUGUUGGUCAUGGAAAUGCUGGUGGCCACGCCGAAGCUAACGCCAGAGAUGGCCAGCGCCAUUGGUCUCGCUCCGAGCCAGCGGGAUCUCAAGCUGGAGGAGCUGCAGUCGGAUCAGCCGGAAUUCCUUGAGCUCUGCGAUUCGGAUGCGGAGCUGGAACUGGAGGAGGAGGCGGAGCAGCAGCCGGCGCAGCAGAAGGCAGAGGCGAAUCCUAUCCAGCUGGUUGCUCCACCCAUUCCACGGAACUCCUGGCUGCUGCGGCAGGUCCUGAGGCAGCUGGAGAGCUUAGGGACUGGGCCUCCGAUGCGUGUGGAAUGCUUCCAGGUUCUGCUGGCCAUGGCAACCCACGUGGGCCUUCUCCGUGGCCAUCAGGCGCGCCUGGCGAGGGUUCUGCUUGCCGGAUUGAGGGACGUCACAGCUGAUGUGAGGCUCUACGCGGCUCGUUGCCUGGAUUCCGUUGGCUACCAGCUGGGACGCCUGCUUCCAGAGCCGCCAGAGAGGGAGAUGCAAUUGUCCUUCUGGCUCAGCCUGCUGCCUGGCAUCUAUGGAGCGUAUAAUGAUGCGGCUGGAGCUUCCCUGAAGUGCGCCCUGUGCGAUGCUCUGUCCAAUAUGGGUAGCUUCAGCUUCGAGCGGCUGCCUCCUGGCCAGCGGAAUGCUCUCUUGGCCUUCCUCAGUGGCUGUGCCAGCGACGAUGGUGAGGAGCCGCUGGUCAGGGCUGCAGCUCUGCGGGCUCUCGCCGUCUACGUGCUCCAUCCCACUCUGAAGGCAGAUCUGGUCUUUGUGGAGAAUGCAGCGGAGCUGACGCUUCGUAUCAUCAACGAUUCCCAGCUGGCGGUGAGGAUUAAGGCCGCCUGGGCGCUGGGCAAUAUCAGUGAUGCCCUCAUCGCAGCCAUUCCCAAUCAUUCGGAGCGGGUUUCUGAGGAGCUCCUUGGCCGCCUCAUCCAAGCGGCCACGCAGAGCUGCGCCGAUCACGACAAGGUCAAGGCCAAUGCCGUCCGCUCCCUGGGCAAUCUCCUGCAGAUCCUCCAGCAGCAGCAGGCCUCCGAGAAUACCGAAUCCAUGCAGCUGGCCAUGUCCAAGCUCCUGGACUGUGUGCGGUCCGCGGGCAGUGCCAAGGUGAAGUGGAACGCCUGCCAUGCCAUCGGAAAUCUGGUGAAGCACAGGGCCUUCUUUGCGACGAAUCACCUGGCGGGCAUCCUGUUCCCGGCUCUCAGCCAGCUGGUGGUGCAGCAUGCCAACUUCAAGGUGCGCAUUAAUGCCACCGGAGUGCUGCUGCAGGUGGAGAUGCGCCAGGAUUUUGGGAGCCACUUUCCGUUGGUAUGGCGUUCGCUAUUGGACGCACUGGAGCGCUCCAAUGCCCUGGACAAUUUUGAGGAGUACAACCACCGGGAUGCGCUGCAACAGCAGCUAUGUUUGGCAAUGGCUCACCUGCUGAUGCUGGCCAAGGCCUCGGAUCUGCCGGCGAUGCGUGAGGCUCUCGAGGAGGAUCGACUGGACGAGGUGCGAGGCACCUGGCGCCGGGUGGCAUUCCGCAUUGUUCCAGAGCAGUCGGCGCCUCUCUUCACCUGCAGCCCGCUCCUGGAGCAGCGCCUGCAGGCGGAUGCAACGAUUCCACAGCAACGUUCCGCCUUGGGCUUCAUUGUUGGCACACUCCGGCUGGAUCCCUAGGCGAAGCAGGUUUUUCCAUCUCGAUUUACAGCACAUU